AUGCAACCAAUUAUACGCUUGCGUAUUUUUCAUCACCUGCGACCAAGCUAAUUUACUUUCCUUGUGAUUCAACAGGUCACUAUUUCAGUUAAUUUUUUAUUAAUUUAGCUAACCAUUUUUGAAGAGUGUGCAUUAAAAGUGAUAUAUUAAUUUACGAUUACCAUUAGUGCUGAGACAGUCCACCUUCCAUCGUCAUAUUCACCUUGACUUUGCGUUCUACAAACACAUGUUAUUUUGUGUAACCGGUAUUGCUCUUUACACCCUUUCUAUACUUUUCUGGAAAUUACAAUGAGUGAAAAUCAAGCCGCAAUAGGUAUAACACCUGAAAGGAACAACACAUACGAAGCUAUAAAUAAAAUUGGACGGGGUGCCUAUGGCACAGUUUAUAAAGCUAGGAACAAACAAACAGGAGAUGAAGUUGCACUUAAGAAAGUAUGUAUACCACUAAAUGAUGAUGGAAUUCCCAUGAAUACCUUAAGAGAAAUAGGUUUAUUGAAACAGUUGAAUAUGUAUAAUCAUCCAAACAUUGUAAAGCUCCUCGAUAUUUGUCAUGGUCAGCAAAUGGGUAGGGAGCUAAUGAUGUUUUUGGUGUUUGAACAUCUGGAGCAAGAUCUGGCCUCCUAUAUAGAAAAACAUUCAAGAGGAUUCAACUCUACAUUAAUUAAAAGGAUGGCAAAGGAAAUUCUUAAUGGUGUAGAUUUUUUGCAUAGUAAUCGAAUAGUCCAUAGAGAUUUGAAGCCUCAAAAUUUACUUGUUACCAGUGAUGGUCACAUAAAACUAGCUGAUUUUGGAUUAGCAAAGACUUAUGGAUUUGAAAUGAAGCUGACAUCGGUGGUAGUAACCUUGUGGUAUAGGGCACCAGAAGUCCUUUUAGGUCUUUCAUAUGCUACUCCAGUUGAUAUAUGGUCAGUUGGAUGUAUUAUUAUGGAACUUUAUAGUCUUAAACCACUUUUCUGUGGUAAAUCUGAAAAUGAACAACUUGGCGAAAUAUUUAAAAUAUUAGGGAAACCUUCACAAGAUGAGUGGCCAGAAGACAGCACUGCUAUAAAAUGGAAUUCCUUUGACAUCAAUAGCAAAAUUAGUAUUAAAAUGAUAGCCCCGAACAUAUGUGAAAAUGCUUAUAAUUUGAUUAUGAGUAUGUUGGUUUUCCAACCAACAAAGAGAAUAACUGCGUUGCAAGCACUAAAUCAUCAAUAUUUUUUGGAGGAGUCUCUGGACACAUAAUUUUGAGUUUCCCAUUCGAACUAAAAUUUGUGAAACCAGAACUGUAUGCAGCACUUUUAGCAAUAGUUAUAAUUGAAGUAGUAAGUUUAAUGAAAAUAUAGUUGUUUUCAUACUAGGAAAAAGUUUGUAUGUGAAUAUAAAACUUCCAGAGAAGGUUUAGUGAAUACUGCUAUAAGAUCAUAUUUUAAUUUGUUAAUUAACAAAGUACAGCACUAUAUUGACCCAACCAUGCCACUGAGCAAUAAGGAAGCAAAGAUUAAGUUAAGCCAACCACCAGGUUUUGACUUAUUAAUUUAUCUCUAAUGAUAAUUAAUGAUUGUUCCAUAGGAAAUCAAAAUUGAAUGGUAUUGGAUUUGUGAUUUUAAUUAAAAAAAUUAAAUCAUACAUCAAAUUAUUCGAUUUGAUUUUAAAAGCAAACUGUGAUAAAACUUUAUAAUGAAAUAUAAUCAUAUGUAGCCAAAAAGAGAAACUUAGUUACACAUGUACGAUUAUAACGAGAAAGCAUUAGGGGCUCUGUCACAGAUCAGCUGGAAUUAUUAUUAUUAUUACUAAUACUAUACUAUUCGGUUACUGGUGCCCAUGUUAUUUUAUAUUGUGUAUUAUUUUAUUACGUUGCGCUUCAGUAUCCAUUUCUUUUUAACGCUACUGCACGCGAAAUAUGCCGUUAAUAGCCAAAAAUUACUCCAAGAUUAAGGUUUGGUUACCAAUAUAUGUGUGUAUGUAAAAAUUUUUACUUGCUUUUUUAUUAUCUAUGAAACGCUAUAUUUUUAAGUAAAUUUAUAUUUUUGGAAUAUUUUGUUCUCUUUCAACACUAAUUUUAAGUUUGGGUGUGCUGAUAAUCUUUACCUGAAUAUAUUUUUUAUACUAGGUCUGUACUGAAGGUUUUGUACUUUUUUAUUGUGCAAAAAGGGACUCUAAUUAUGCAGACUCCCUUUCAAUGUAGGUUUUGUAUAUAAUUCCAGUCUUAUUUUUUGUGAAUAAAGAAAUUGUUAAUUAUAUUUAAUAAUUAUUAUUUAAUUUUUUUGCAAUAGUGUGUUGUCCUAUAAUUAAAACUAUAUAUCUACCUAUAGAAAUAUGCA